GGUAGAGAGUGAUCGAAGAAGAAGAGAGUGAGAUCGAUGGGCCAUCGUUGCUGCAGCAAACAGAAGAUCAAAAGAGGUCUGUGGUCUCCUGAAGAAGAUGACAAGCUCGUCAAAUUCAUUACCACUCAUGGCCAUAAAAGCUGGAGUUCUGUUCCUAAACUUGCAGGGUUGCAGAGAUGUGGGAAAAGUUGCAGACUGAGAUGGAUAAACUAUCUGAGACCUGAUCUCAAGAGAGGUUCCUUCACUGCCGAUGAAGAACAAACCAUUCUCGACGUUCAUCGAAUUCUCGGAAACAGAUGGGCUCAGAUAGCUAAGCAUCUACCGGGAAGAACAGACAACGAGGUGAAGAAUUUCUGGAACUCAUGCAUUAAGAAGAAACUCAUUUCUCAGGGCUUUGACCCUCAGACUCACAAUCUCCUCUCUUCUCACAGACGACCCUCUCUUUCUGUUUCUUCCUCUUCUGCCACUAACAAUGAUCAUAACAAUGAUUCCACUUUCAAACUGGUUCAUGAACCUGAAAACAUGAAUCUUCAACAACCUUGUACCUCCACCGUCUUCUCCAUCCAAUACCAACGACCCAAUUCGACCAGCACUAAUAAUCAUAAUGUCAUAAUGUCCUAA